AAUUUCAUGUGACCAAUAUUUUAAAAUUAUUUUCUCCUUUAAGGAAGUUUGGGGGCCAAGCCCGUUGGAAAAUAAGCCAAAGAAGCAAAGAACUCCAUUUCUAUAAACCAGGAAAGUAAUUUGGAAAUAUUUUGGAUUUAUUUUUGAAAUAGAGGAACGCUCCUGGUAUUUCUUUAACAUAAUGCGAUUUAGUACCGUUCGUGGAGCUCAAGCAGGUGAAUCUCAGGCAAAGGGUUUGCACGUAUGAACGGUCAACGACUUCGCCUGGUUCGUGCAGUAUCAGACAAGCCCUAGAACUGGUAUAGGGAUUUUCUAAACCACGCGCAGCCAGGAUUCUUUUGCGUGAGACACUAUAUCAGUGCAGGCAGCUGUACUAUUAUCGUUGGCUUGUCAUAUAAAAACCCUGUUUUGUUUCUGUCAGGGAACAUUCUGCGCGAUUCGAAGUCUGUCUCGUGCGAGCAUUGAUUGUCAGGGCGUAGCCGUCAAAGUUGUUUGAUUGCUGAUAUAAGAUGAGCAGCCGAUCCAGCCGGAUGUUGUAUGUCGGAAAUCUGCCUGCUGAUUUUCGGGAGCGGGACGUCGAAGACAUCUUUUACAAGUAUGGACCAAUUGUUAAGAUUGAUCUUAAGUUUCCUCCACGUCCUCCUGGCUAUUGUUUCAUUGAGUUUGAGGAUGCUCAUGAUGCAGAAGAUGCAAUUCGAGGUCGUGAUGGCUAUGAUGUUGAUGGUCAUCGUCUGCGGGUUGAGCUUGCUCAUGGUGGGAGAGGAUCAGCAUCUACAGAUCGGUAUAAUAGCUUUAGUAGUGGAGGUGGCAGACGUGAUGGCGGACUACCAAGGCAUUCUGACUAUCGAGUUAUUAUCACUGGGUUACCUACCUCAGCAUCAUGGCAGGACCUAAAAGAUCACAUGCGAAGAGCUGGUGACGUUAGUUUUGCCCAAGUGUUCCGUGAUGGCAAAGGUACUACUGGAGUUGUUGACUACACUAACUACGAUGAUAUGAAAUAUGCAAUCAGGAAACUAGAUGAUUCAGAGUUCAAGAACCCAUUUUCUCGAUCAUAUAUAAGGGUAAAAGAGUAUGUCUCAAAAAGAAGUAUUUCCCGGAGUCGUAGCCGAAGUUUUUCUCGGAGCCGCAGCCACAGCCGCAGUCGAUCCCCAAGUCGAAGCCCAAGUGUCAGCCGGCGAAAAGUUAACAGCAGGUCUGUGAAGAGCAGGUCAAGAUCUGAUUCAAUGCCAAGUUCACGGUCAAGAUCCAUAUCUAGAUCUAAGUCCAGGUCCAGGUCAAGAUCCAGAACACCUCGGCGAAAGGCACAAAGUGGAAACCUUAGAAAUCGGAGUAAUAGCAGGAGUCGCAGUCCAUCUCAUUCUCAUUCACAAACGGCGAAGGCUGAAUAGAGCAAAUUAUUAGGUCCUCAAGGCAAGGAAGGCGCUGUGGAAAUCAAAAUGAACUCCAUAAUUUCAAGAAAGCAUUCACUCUAAACAAGAUUUAAAGGUGGUAGAUACAUGUUGAGAUGAGAAAUGCAGGAUGGCGGCCAUAUGGUGAUAAGUGUGAAAGCAUGAUCUUUAUUUUUCAAAAAAGCUUCAUCUGUUUUUUAUGUAUCUUAUAAUCAAGUCAAUAGUGAACUUUUCAUUUGAUAUUAUUCAUUGAAUGGUAAAACCUGAUCAUGUUAGACUCUGUGGAGCAUUUAUGUCUGCUCUUUUUAUCCAUUGAGCUUCAUUAGCCGUUCCCUGCAAUUCUGAUUUUCUCUCUUUGGAGACGGUAAUGAAUUUUGAAGGCAUAUGAUCUUUCAAAAUGCUUUAAUUUUAAAAUGAUUCAUCUGGAGUGCAAGCAUUGUUUAGGACAAUUUAUAAGUUAAUUCAACAGUUCUCUUUCAGACUA